UGAGGAGGGGAAGGAGGAAGCUGGAGUGUAAAAAGAGGAAGCAAAGAAGGAAAACUUUGUCAUGCAGUGACCUCAGGUUCCCUCUUAACAACGCCACCGGCAUCUCUGCUCACCCUGCUUCCACUUGUUAGGCUGUGUGGAGGGUAGUACGCUACCGACAGUAUACACUCAGCUCGGUGUCUCUCUGUGGCUAUACCUGCCUUGGUGAGAACUCCUACUAUUGUGUCUGUGAGUGACUGAACCUCCCUUAGUGAGAACUCCCUCUACCCCGUCUGUGAGUGCUUGCACCUGCCUCGAUGAGAACUCACACUACCGUGCCUGUGAGUGGCUGGACCUGCUUUAGUGAGAACUCCCACUAACCCGUCAGUGAGCGGUUGCACUUGCCUCAGCGAGAACUCACACUACCGUGCCUGAGAAAGAUGAGGUCAGCAUUGUCUGUAAACCUGAUGAGGCAGGUGCUACACAAGUCUGUCAGAAAGUCUGGAAGGAGUUGGUGCUUUGGUUACUUCUUUGCUCUGCCAUAUACUGUGGCUGCCACUUGUUCGGGUCUGAAAAAGCUUAGUUAUGCAGCUGGUAAGAACAUUACUAAGACCACUACUAAUUCUGCCACCGAUAUUGUACUCACGAAGUCAUUAAGCCAAAGCCAUGAUCAGUUUACCAGUUCAGUGUCCAUAGGAAGGCAAAGCAGGGAAGUCCCUCGUCCCUUCUCGUCCAUCCCUGGGCCCAGACCUCUCCCUCUCAUUGGUAACAAAUUCCUUUUCACUUCUAUAGGGGGAUAUCCUUUGGAAAGAUUCUUGGACUCAGCCAUGAAACUGCAUGAGAAGUAUGGCCCAAUCGUAAGGAUCUCGAAGCUCGCUGGAAAGUUGGACAUGGUGAUGGUGUUCCAACCUGAAGACACCAAAAAAAUCUUCCAGGCGGAGGGUCAGUACCCAGUACGUCCAGGACUGGACAUUCUUCAGCACUACCGCGCCACCAGACCCCACUGGUUCUCCUCUCCCGGUCUCGUCCCUGGGAACGGACCCGAGUGGCGUCGUCUACGGAGUGCCGUUCACUCCGUGCUAAGGCCUGAGGUAGUGAGCAGGUACCGCGAGGCGCAGAAUCAGGUAGCAGUGGACCUGGUGCGUUACCUGAGGGAGACCUGCUCGCCAGUGCAUGGGAGAAACGAUGACUGCGUCGUGCAAGAUCUGUUGCCACUGCUCUAUCAUUACACGCUUGAAGCUGUUGGGGUGGUGACCCUGGGCACCCGUCUGGGUUGUCUGGAGCACGUGCACACCGCCCACACCGCCCGUGCUGACGUAAUCAUCAAAGCCAACGAAGACACACUAGAGCUCCUGGGCAAAUCAUUCUUUACACCUCCGCUCUACAAGGUCUUCCCCACCAGGUCCUACCAACGUCUAGCAAGAGCCCAAGAUACCAUCACCAGGAUUGUACAAGAGGAGGUGUACCUGCGUCACCGUGAACGGGCCGUUGACCCGCAAGCGUUUGCUACCAAACAUCCGCUGCUCGACUCUCUACUGAGCAACCCGAACCUCAACCCAAGUGAUGUGUUUCUUCUGCUGGUGGAGAUGUUUCAGGGCGGCAUAGACGCGACAGCUACAACCCUGGGAUUCUGUGUUUACUUUCUGGCGAGGGAGCAGAGGAUACAGGACUUGCUCCUCCAGGAGGUGAAGGAUGUUGAUCCCAUCACUCACUCCCUUCAGGGCCUGGCGUACUUGCGGGCUGCGGUACAGGAGACUCUGCGGCUGCGGCCUUCAGCCUCUUCCAGGAGCAGAGUGAUCCAGGAGGACGCUGUUUUCUCCGGCUACCUGGUACCAGCUGGGACGUAUGUCACGUCACCUCCAGUGGUCGCUUGUUGCGACCCGGAAGUAUUCCCGGAACCUGAAGUCUUCCGGCCAGAACGGUGGCUCUCAAGGUCGUCUGCUACGGCACUAGAGCCUGCACCAUCGCUCGAUGAACCAGUCACCCGGGGCGCAGGUGGAGAACCUAGUAGAAGGAAAGUUCAUCCAUACACCAUAGUGGCUUUUGGCCACGGUGCUCGCAUGUGUCCAGGACGACGUCUGGCUGAGCAGGAGAUAAAGUUAGCCCUAAUACAGCUUGUGAAAAGCUUCAAGAUGGAGGUGGAAAGCUCUACUGGAGGUGACACCAUCGGUCAAAUAAUGAGACUUAACAUGAUGCCGGAUAAACCUUUUGCCAUUAGGUUCACUCCACGGAACACAGGACAAUAACUUACCUAUUGGGUGAGAGCACAUAGAAACAGAGGCGAAAGAGACGAUGAUUAGAGAAUACAAACAAGAAACAAGAAAAAAAAGAGAAGCCGAAUGUGACUGUCUUAUAUAUGUUGUGCCGAAUAGGUAAAACUUGCGAUUUUGACAUAAAUAAGGCAAGUGAAAAUUUGUGUAGGCUACAAUUUCGCAAAAAAACAUUCUGAACCAAACGAAAAAAAUAUAUUUCAUUGUGUUUGUUUAUUAUUAAUUAUUGUAAACUUAUCUAAAAUUAAUUUAGUUGCGUUAGGCUAGGUUAAAUUGCGCUUGUUAUAAUAAGGUUAGGUAAGUUGUUUGAGGUUCUUUGGGUACAAAAUUUUUAUUUUUUUACAUUAAACGUAAAUGUAAAAAAUAUAUAUCUUCAAACGUACAAUAGAAAAUUUUAGAAAAGACUUAAUUUUUAAUGAGUUCUUGCUAAUUCUCCAGAUUUACCUAUUCGGCACAAAUAGGUCAUGCUCUGGCUAUGUCAGAAGUCAUGGCCAAUUCGGCAAAUAUGACGGCCUGCCCAGCUGGUAUAACUUCAUCCCAGUAGGAUCAGAGACCCUUGGAGCAUAGGGUUAGUGUGCUCUAAACUUCCUCAAAGACGAAGGAUCACAGAGCGGCCAGCUUCCUCUUCCAGAAACUCAGUGUCGCGAUCCCGAAUGGAAAUGCUUGCAGCAUUCUGGGUACGCGGCCGACUGCUGGGGAGCCGGAUGAAGUAUCUGAGAUGUAGGCUCUGACAUGUCUUGUAUGUUGCUCUACUUCCUAUUGUAUUUUUGUUAAUGUAUUUUGUCUUUAAAUAAAGUUUACAUAGAAUAUAAAAUAUAGGGGGUGGUAAGAGAAGACAAUAUUUAAACAGCUCCGGGGAGAAUCUCGAGUUUUCCCUAAAGUAAAUUUAUUCUUUUUU